AAUUUUGGUUUUCAUUUGAUAAUGAUAUGAAGAAAUCAUGGGUUUUUACAAUUAUCACUCAAGUUUCUUUAUGCUUGCCUCUUUAUCUUGUUCUCAACUUGUGUCAAAAUCAGAAGCCAAUUUUAAGGAAUGGAAAUGAGAAUAUUCCUAUGGAUAUAUAUUUUAUCAGUGUUACUGGUGGUGUUAGGCCUAUUGAAGAACAGACCCUUCUUCUCAAGCAGGUGGAGAAGGUAGCGAAGAAGUUCAAUGCAAGAUUUGUUAUCAACAUAAGCGAACUUGGGGAAGAUGACCCGCUCGUGCAAAAUGUUGCUUCAAAUGGUGCUGGAGAUAGGCAAUCACAGUGGCUGAAAGAGACACUUGAAAAUAGUGAAAGCAAAUGGUGCAUUGCUGUCGGAUUUCAUCCAUUGGUAGCCUGUGAAGAUGAUGCUACUCAAACAGAAUUAAAACACGAAUUACAGUCCUUACAUGGCAUAUUUCUGAAGUACGGCAUGGAUGCAUAUAUAAGUGGACAGUCUUGUACUGAUAAUGCUGAUAAAAGACCUAUUGCAAAAUCCAAAACUGGAACUGCCAGAUAUAAAGGACCUUUGCUUACUAAAGUGAAUCAGAACCUGCCCUACUCUGCAAACUGUAAAUGGAUCUCCUUCACAAAGUCAGUGCUCUAGAGAUUGUAUCAUACUUAAGUCACAUUCGAAGGUGAUGUUGUGCAGAAAAUUUUUCUGCAUCAAAGAGGCAAAGAGAUUAUGUAGAUAUACUGCGAACGUUGAUGUUUGUAUUUGUUAUUGUUAUGAGGAGUGAAUGGAGAUCCAAUCGAUUUUUGGUGAUGAAUCCAACUUUUUUCCCUUUUUCGGAGUAAGGAGGGAGCGGGGCGGGAGGGGAAGAGAAGGGACAAAAAAAGUGAAUUCAAUAUUCGCGCUCAAGUUCGAAUUAACUGAAUAUUCACCAUUGAGUCCACAGUUGGGAGGUUCAAUAAAAGGCAAAAACGUUUUGAUAUAGGGUGUGUUUUAGUUGGUCAGUUUGCUUACAACCUUUUUGGUUUGCCUUAGUUGAAAUUACUAGCUUUUUUGCAAUUGUAAAUUGUCAAAUCUUUAAGGUGUUCUGCAUAUGUUCAUUUUGAAUGCAA